AUGGUCCCCCACUCUGCCACUUCCAGUUGGAAGUUUGGACAUGUUCCCCCAAUACCCAUUGUGCUUUUUAUGCUUUGUUUUUCCUCCCACAGCGCUGCACAUGUUGUUGGUCCCCACUUGUCCCUUUCUGCCAUUUUUAUAAAGUGUUCGGUUCCUAAGCAUAAGCUUUCAGACAAGUGUUAUUUGCAUCAAUGUUCGGGUGUUGUUACAAGAAUGAAGUAUCGCCUUACUGGAACAAAUGAGAAUGUGAAUGCUAGUACAUCUGCACUGGGCGACGUUAGAGUGAUCUUUCUGAAAUUGCCAGAAAAUAAAGAAAAAGCUGAAGAUGGUAAGAUGCUAAAAGUCAACAGUGUUUUGACAUAG